UUGGAAUUUAGUCUUAUUAAUCAUUAUUGGUCCAUUAUCAUUCAGUACUAAGAUUAGCUGGGGUCUGUGGACAGGAGAUUCUUCACUAUAUUUAGUACUACACACACACACACACACACACACACACGCCUGCUGUCACUGCAGCUCAUGUUCUCUCUCGGUUUUGAAGAACCUCUCUCAAGUUUAACAUCGAACUUUGUACCACAGAACAAACAAGUCCGAUUGGUCUGCGUUUGACCAACCAGCCUGCUUUGUUCACAAGAAAACAGUCAGAGAGAUCAAACAAAGUGAACCUUGUGAUUUGCCAUUCAUUGUAAACAGGAGAGCUACAUGUGAUCAUCAUGAACCGAGCAUGGGUUUUGUUCAAAUCCCGUCCGUACAUCUCCAAUGUGGUGGGAUACACAGCGCUUUUUGCCACAGCUGACCUCAUUCAGCAAAGCAUGCUGGGAAAAGCUCAGGACGAACCGGACAGAGCGGGACAAGAUGCCUCCAGCGACUCUUCUACUGAGGAAUUUGCUAUGACUGGAGAAGCAAAGAUAGAUGAUGAUAGCAAAAUAAGGAAUGAAAAAGAUUUGAGAGUAAAUAUAACAUCAGCUCCACAGCUUCACAGGAUCGACUGGGCCCAGACUGCUCGGGUGGCCCUGGUUGGGUUCUGCUUUCAUGCCAACUUCAAUUAUCAUUGGCUACGUGGAUUAGAGAGGAUGUGUCCAGGAGGAGGGAUCGGAAGAGUGUCGCUCAAAGUGUUUCUGGACCAGCUAUUUGCAGCUCCUAUGACAAUAAGUGCUUUCUACAUUGGGCUGAGCACACUGGAGGGUGCAGAAGAUCCCCUUGAAGACUGGAGAACCAAAUUUUGGACCUCUUAUAAGACUGGAGUAGUGUAUUGGUCAACAAUGCAGGCUGUGAACUUCUCGCUGAUCCCUCCAGUGGCUCGUACUGUUUUUGUUGGAGGAGUCGCUCUUGUCUGGACUGUCUUCUUGUGUCAUUUCAAGCAACAGAAGAGUGACUUCCUGACUUAGACUUUGUUCUGCAGCUGCUUAGCUUUCACCAAAACAUAGACUUUCUUUAAUAAACAUAUACAACAUACAAUGCAUAUAUGCAACUAUGUACAUAUUUCAUAUAAAGGAUGCAAUAAAUCUGGCUGAUGACAUCA